CAAACCUCCUGUCUGGGGUGGUUUAACAGUCAUGCUCCUCCCCGCCCCCCAACCUUGUCCUCGCACUGGAAAGCCCUACGGCUGGUAGCGUAGACCUUCUGGGACCCCAUGGUCCCUGAGUAUCAUCUCUUAUCUCCGAAGACUCCAGACAUAGAAUCACUCCAUGCAACCCAGAAAGUUGAUGCUGUUGGAUCCAUCGCAUCUUUCCUGCUCUGCUCUCUACAACCAGACUUCUCUAUUUCUCUGUGGAAGAAGACUAAAAAGGGUGUUUCCAAUGUGGACAUUGAAGAGACAGCUCUUUAUGCUUUUAAACAUAAGCCUAGUUUCUGAACUCCUUGGAGCUAGAUGGUUUCCUAAAACCCUGCCCUGUGAUGUCAGUCUGGAUCCUCCGAAGGCCCACGUGAUUGUGGACUGCACAGACAAGCAUUUGACAGAAAUCCCCGGAGGUAUUCCCACCAAUGUCACCAACCUCACCCUCACCAUUAACCACAUACCCAGCCUCUCUCCAGCCUCCUUCCACCAGCUAGACUAUCUGGUAGAGAUCGAUUUCCGAUGCAACUGUAUACCUGUUCGACUAGGGCCGAAAGACCAUCUGUGCCCCAGGAGGCCACAGAUUAAACCCAGAAGCUUUACUAGACUCACUUAUUUGAAAUCCCUUUAUCUAGAUGGAAACCAGCUUCUAGAAAUACCUGCGGGUCUUCCUCCCAACCUGCAGCUGCUGAGCCUUGAGGCCAACAGUAUCUUUUCUAUCAUGAAAAAUAACCUAACAGAACUGACCAACAUAGAAAGACUCUACUUGGGCCAAAACUGUUAUUUUCGCAACCCUUGUAACGUUUCGUUUUUCAUUGAAAAAGAUGCUUUCCUGAGUCUGAAAAAUCUAAAACUGCUCUCCCUAAAAGCUAACAAUAUCACCUAUGUCCCUACUACUUUGCCAUCUACGUUAACGGAACUCUAUCUUUAUAACAACGCCAUUGCAAAGAUCCAAAAAGAGGAUUUUAAUAACCUCCAUCAACUGCAACUUCUUGACCUAAGUGGAAAUUGCCCUCGUUGUUACAAUGUCCCAUUUCCUUGUACACCCUGUGAAAAUAAUUCUCCCCUCCAGAUCCACCCAUCGGCUUUCGACGGGCUGACAGAAUUACAAGUGUUACGUCUGCACAGUAACUCUCUUCAGCAUGUGCCCCAAAGAUGGUUUAAAAACAUUAAAAAGCUGAAGGAGCUAGAUCUUUCCCAAAACUUCUUGGCCAAAGAAAUUGGGGAUGCCAAGUUUUUGUAUCUUCUUCACAACCUUGUCCAGUUGGAUCUGUCCUUCAAUUAUGAACUUCAGGUCUAUCGUUCAGCUCUGAAUCUGUCAGAUGCAUUUUCGUCCCUGAAACACCUGAAAGUUUUGCGGAUCAAAGGAUACGUUUUUAAGGAGCUGAGCAGCCAUCAUCUGUCCCCGCUACGGAGUCUUUCCAAUCUGGAAGUUCUUGAUCUUGGCACUAACUUCAUAAAAAUUGCGGACCUCAGCAUAUUUGAACAAUUCAAAACAUUGAAAGUCAUAGAUCUUUCAAUGAAUAAAAUAUCACCUUCAGGAGAUUCAAGCGAAGUUGGCUUCUGCUCUAGCACCAGACCUUCUGUAGAAGGUCAAGCACCUCAGGUCCUAGAAACACUGCAUUAUUUCAGAUAUGAUGAGUAUGCAAGGAGUUGCAGGUUCAAAAACAAAGAGACUCCUUCUUUCUUGCCUUUUAAUAAAGAUUGUUACAUGUAUGGGCAGACCUUAGACCUAAGUAGAAACAAUAUAUUUUUUAUCAAGUCCUCCGAUUUUCGGCAUCUCUCUUUCCUCAAAUGCCUAAAUUUGUCAGGAAAUACCAUUGGCCAAACUCUCAAUGGCAGUGAAUUUCAGCCUUUAGUGGGCUUGAAGUAUUUGGACUUCUCGAACAACCGGCUUGAUUUACUCUACUCAACAGCAUUCGAGGAGUUGCGCAACCUGGAAGUUUUAGAUAUUAGCAGUAACAGCCAUUACUUUCAAUCAGAAGGAAUUACUCACAUGUUAAACUUUACCAAAAACCUAAAACUUCUGAAGAAACUGAUGAUGAACAACAAUGACAUCGCUACCUCCACCAGCAGGACCAUGGAGAGCGAGUCUCUUAGAAUUCUGGAAUUCAGAGGCAAUCAUUUGGAUGUUUUAUGGAGAGAUGGUGAUAACAGAUACUUGAAGUUCUUUAAGAAUCUGCUGAACCUAGAGGAAUUAGACAUCUCGGAAAAUUCCCUGACAUACUUGCCUUCUGAAGUUUUCGAUGGCAUGCCUCCAAAUCUGAAGACUCUCUCCUUGGUCAAAAAUGGGCUCAAGUCCUUCAACUGGGAAAGACUCCAACAUCUGAAGAAUCUAGAAACUUUGGACCUCAGCUACAAUGAGCUGAAGACUGUCCCCGACAGAUUAUACAACUGUUCCAGAAGCCUCAAGAAACUCAUUCUUAAGUACAAUCAAAUCAGGCAACUGACAAAGUACUUUCUACAAGAUGCUUUCCAGUUGCGGUAUCUGGACCUCAGCUCAAAUAAAAUCCAGAUUAUCCAAAAGACCAGCUUUCCCGAAAACGUCCUCAACAAUCUGGAGAUGUUACUUCUUCAUCACAAUCGGUUUCUGUGUACCUGUGAUGCCGUGUGGUUUGUCUGGUGGGUUAACCACACAGAGGUGACCAUUCCUUACUUGGCCACAGAUGUGACUUGUGUGGGGCCAGGAGCACACAGGGGCCAGAGUGUAGUUUCCCUGGAUCUGUAUACCUGUGAGUUAGACCUGACUAACCUGAUUCUGUUCUCCCUUUCCCUGUCGGUGGCUCUUUCUCUGAUGGUGAUUACAACAGCCAACCACCUCUACUUCUGGGAUGUGUGGUAUAGCUACCAUUUCUGUAAGGCCAAGAUAAGGGGGUAUCGGCAUCUGACAUCCCUGGAUUCUUGCUAUGACGCCUUUGUGGUGUAUGACACUAAAGAUCCCGCGGUGACAGAAUGGGUUUUGGAUGAACUGGUGGCCAACUUGGAAGACCCGAGAGAGAAACAUUUCAAUUUAUGUCUGGAGGAAAGGGAUUGGUUACCCGGGCAGCCAGUUUUGGAAAACCUUUCCCAGAGCAUCCAGCUUAGCAAAAAGACGGUGUUUGUGAUGACAAACAAGUAUGCAAAGACUGAGAACUUCAAGAUAGCGUUUUAUUUGUCCCAUCAGAGGCUCAUGGAUGAAAAAGUGGACGUCAUUAUCUUGAUAUUCCUUGAGAAGCCCCUUCAGAAAUCCAAGUUCCUCCAGCUCCGGAAGAGGUUGUGUAAGAGUUCUGUCCUUGAGUGGCCAACAAACCCUCAGGCUCAGCCGUACUUCUGGCAGUGUCUGAAAAAUGCCCUAGCCACUGACAAUCAUGGGACCUAUAGUCAGGUGUUCAAAGAGACGGUCUAGCCCUUCUUUGCAAAAUGGGACUUCCCACCUUACCAAGGAGAAGCUUGACUGCCUAGAUUUUCUGAUAGAUGGCUCACUCAAAGGGUGUUUUCCAAUUCUCUAAGACCAGGAUGGUCCAUACCAGAGAGGAGAGUCACAGCGACCAAGGAAUUGGAACAAUGGACUUUUUAUGUCGCAUGCAAUCAUCUUUCUUAUCCCUCUGUGACUCCGUUUGCCCUUGAGCCUCUCCUUUCUGUUCCUGGAUAGAUGAUACUGGGAGAACGGUGGCAAGGAGAGGACACGAGGCUCCGAUUCUCCCGUUAUUCUCUUGUGAUUAUGAAAUAAACACACAGUCUCAAAGUAUGGAGAAUUGCACUUACACCCAUAACCAGUACAUGUCUGUCUAGAGAUAUGGUAAAAGGUGCUCAGGGUCUUCGCCUUUGACAUUACAUUUUUAGUAUCUGUGCUGCCAAAGCAAGCACCGCCUAUGAUAUUACAAUGUAUCAGAGUUAGUGAAAUGAAAACACAGUCAACGCCUCACCCCACGGCUUCUGUAUCAUGCAGCGCCCCCUUCUGUGCAGACUGAGAAUUGGCUCCUGACCAGUGGUCGCCUAGGUGCCCCUCUCUCUUUGCCCUUGGGCCUGUUGCUGGGUUCCGUGGGGAGAUAGCAAAAAACAUCUUUCGUACUGAUGGACAUAGUCCAGUCACACAUGAGAAAAUUAAAGUGAUCUGGCUUUGCACAAAGUGAGGCUCUUUCCCUUCGAAGAUAACUGACCUGCUUAAAGUUGUCACAGACUGAACGUUUGUUCCCUCCCAAAUUCAGAUGUGAAAUCCUAACCCCCACGUGUGAUGGUAUCAGGGGGUGCGGCCUUUGGAAGGGGAUCGGGUCAUGAAGAGUGGAGCCCUCAGGGAUUCAUUCGAUCAGUGCCUUAUAAGAAGACAGCAGAGACCUCCUUGCUGUGUUCCCACUGUCCGGGUGUGAGGAUACAAAGACAGGUCAACAGCCCACCGCUCAGAACACGGCUCUCCCCAGAGCCAGGCGCUGCUGGCACUCUGAGCCAGGAUUUUUGUCCUUCAGAACUGUGAGAAAUAAGUAUGUGUUGUUUAAGUCACCUGGUUUAUGAUGUUUCCUUACGUAGAAGCCUGAGCGCACUCAGAUAUUUUUAUCUGCUUUGCCAAGUUCUGUGUCCAAAGGAACAUUGCCUCAUGCAAUGGCCUUUCAGACCGCUUUGCUGACUAAUACCGUGUAUCUAUAAUUAUCUGCCAGCUUGAUUCGUCAACACGAGAUGGGUUUGAUAGUAAACUCUGCAGGAGGACCCCAGGAACGUUUCUUUACUUAAUAAAUACAGUUAUCGGGCAAGGAUGACAUUUCUAUGGAUUCCUUUAAACUGCAGGUAGCAGGUAGGGAGAGGAGAGACCGACGUUUCUGGACCUCAGUGUUCAGAAGGCUGAGGCCUUGAAUGCCCGCUUUCCUACUCAAAGGCAGCAACAGAAAGGACCAAGACAUACUGAAGACACACACACUUCCAGCUGGGUCUCAAGUCUCAGGAGUUCAACAUUUGGAACCUGAUCGCUUGGCUUUAUUUCAUGAGAGGGACUAUUUACAGAGGCUGCCUGUGGCCUUUAGAAAAUAGUGUGCAUGGGUUCAAAUCUUGGAGCAUUCGUUGGGAGACACCGAGUACGUAUGAAAUGCCAAAGGUUUGACUUUAAGUAUAGUUGUAAAUACACAAUAUAUAUAUAUAUAUAUAUAUAUAUAUAUAUAUAUAUAUUCCUUCCAAACAACUCGUAAUCGGUAAGGGUUACAAAUUCCCAAAUCAGUCUCUGGAAUGAAUAAAGACAUAAGCUGCUAGAGCCAACUAUUUGACAACAUCUUUAACCUUUAUUGUACUUAAUAGACACCUUUUUUCUUCUUCAGUGAAAACAAACAUAAUGUCAUAAAACUUGGCUCUUGGCCAUCAUAAAGCUUCUUUGAUUAAAACACACCAACACAUCA